AGAGAAACUCAGCAAAAAAAGUUUUAUAACGUUAUUUCUUCCGACGGGCGCUUCUUUUUCACUUCAAGAAAAUUAAAACAUUAUAUAAAACGCGUCAUCGCGGCAAAGGAGGGCAAUAUAAAAAAAGUAUCCUGAUUAUGCUCUGUUAAAUAGGUACGACUUUGCAAGAAUUGGGGGAGAUAAAGAGAUUCCUAUCAAGAAAACUCCAUAGGCCCAUAUAUACGAUAUAUACCUGAAACAGAGGUGUUUGAUGUAAUUUAUGAUGCCCACGUCAAUGUCUGCCACGGAGGACAGAAAAGAAUUUAUUGUGAGGUUAAAAAGACCGUUGCCAACGUGACCCGGGAACAAGUUGCCCUGUUUUUAUCCUAUUGUGUAACAUGCGAGGAGAAGAGGUCGAUCAAGAAUAAUAAGAGAGUAGUAAAACCAAUCACGAGUAGCGGCUACAACGAAAGGGGGAAGUGGAUUUAAUAGACAUGUGAUCUUGCAAGACCACAGAUAAUUACUGCUUCAUAUUACAUUAUCAAGAUCAUUUUACAAAAUUUAGCGUAUUAAAGACUUUGCAUUCAAAGCAAACCUUUGAAGUUUCACACCAUCUCUAUGAUAUAUUUACUCUCAUAGGGGCGCCAAAAAUUCUUCAAAGCGAUAAUGGCAACAAGUUCAUUGGAGCCCCACUAAUAACAAUGAUGCAUACAUUUUGGCCUGAAACAGAGCUUAUCAGGGGAUCCCCUAGACAUCCUAGGAGCCAGGGAUCUGUGGAAAAGGCCAACGGCGACAUAAAAAUGAUGUUGUGGGGAUUGAUGCAGGAGAAGAACACGUGCAACUGGACUUGCUCAAGCAGGUGCAAUGUGCAAUGGACCAAAAAUACUGUCAACCAUAGAGUAAUUGGAAUGUCUCCCUACGAAGCAAUGUUCGGGCAAAAGCACGCAUCACCUAUGAAAAUCACAGAACAGGAGACUGACUACGAAGGGACUGAACAGCAACAACAAGAACAACAACCAUGGGAUGAGCGAUGGGCCCCAGGGAAAAAGACGGAGCGGGGGUACAACAGCAGCAACAGCAGCAGCAACAACCAUCAUGGGAUCAGUCCCAGGGAAAAAGACGGAGACGGAGUACAACAACAACAACAGCAGCAGCAGCAACAGCAGCAGCAGCACCAACAACAACAACAACAACAACAACCAUAAUGGGAUGAACAGAUGGGAUCCAGGGAAAAGACGGAGACGGGGUACAACAGCAGCACCACCACCAACAACAACAACAACCAUCAUGGGAUGAACAAAUAGGGUCCAAGGAAAAAGACGGAGACAGGGUACAACAGUAGCAGCAACAACAACAACCAUCAUGGGAUGAAUAGAUGGGGUCCAGGGAAAAAGACGAAGAUGAGGUACAACAACAGGAAGAAGACGAUCAGCAGCGGUUAUACAAUGAAGAGGUCGAAAUUUCUAGAGAUGGAGAAUUGGUAGAGGAUGAGGAAGAACGCGCAAAUGCAACUGUAAAUGAACAACAUUUGGAAAACUUUAUAAAGAUCAGACGGUGAGUGAGAGAUGGGAUCAAACAACAAGCAUCUAAGAUGAUUAAGUCUGCUUUCUCCUCUUCCUUACAUCCCGAGAUCAACGACUGUGUCAACGUCACGAUUCCUCAGAUGGAUCGGCUGAGGAAGAUGAGCAUGCAAAAUUUUGUUGGAGUAAUUGUGGCCAUCAAAGAAAAAAAAGGACACAAACUAUACAGUGUAGCAACAGAAUACGGUUGUAUAAGGCCAUUACUCUCUCAGAAUCAAUUUGAAAUCUGCCGCCGAAGGAAUGUGAUAGAUAUCGAGACGGUGAACAGAGAACGGACAGUAUCCAUCAGAAAAAUAGCUGCGGCGGAAGCGAUAAAGGGCAGUGAGGAGCCUUCCUCCAAUAUUUGUCACUGUGCUACAGAUUUCUGUAGAACAAUGCGCUGCUUUUGCAAGAGAAGGGGCUUAUUGUGUAUGAAACGGUGCAAACAUGGGCAUAAUCCCAAAACCGAUCGCAUCAAUCAAGAAACUGCCGCUAAUUCUAAAUGUUGCAAUAAAUGAAAAAUAGUUAUAGACAU